AUGUUCUUCAGUGGCUUUCCCUUUGGGGAAGACCUUCCCGGGCAUGGCAGGCCUCGGGGGCCGCCCAAGGAAAGGAACACAACUAAGUUCUACGAGCUCCUGGAAGUAGAUAAAAACGCCUCAUUGCAAGACAUUAAGAAGGCCUACCGGAAGCUUGCAAUAAAACACCACCCGGACAAGGGCGGCGAUCCCGAGAAAUUCAAAGAGAUAUCCAGGGCCUACGAAGUGUUGAGUGACCCGGAGAAGAAGAGCGUUUAUGACGAAUUAGGUGAGGAAGGGCUCGAGGGCGGGGGAGCGGAGACGGACCCAUCGGACAUUUUUGACCUAUUCUUUGGGGGUAGAAGGCCAGGCAGGCAACAAAGCAAGAAGAAGGGUGAAGACAUCGUUAGCCCAAUCAAGGUCACUCUUGAACAGAUAUAUAAUGGCGCUCCUCGCCGGAUGGCUAUCAACAAGGAUGUCAUAUGCAAGGAUUGCGAAGGGAGGGGAGGGCCUGCUGAUGCUUUCAUCACCUGUAAAGAGUGUGAUGGGUCUGGCGUCAAAGUUAUGAUCCGUCAUCUGGGUCCUAUGAUCCAGCAGACGCAGGGGAUGUGCGCAAGUUGCAAAGGCCAAGGGCGGAGUAUCGAGCCGUCAAAGCGCUGCAAAACGUGUGGGGGCAAGGGGGUCUGCAAGGAGCGUAAGAUACUUCAGAUCUUUAUUGAGAAGGGUGUGAAGAAUCACCACAAGAUUGCUUUCAGGGGCGAGGCUGACGAACGACCAGGUGAAAUUCCAGGAGAUGUUGUUCUUGUUGAACACGAACUAUUUAAGCGUCGCGGGAAUGACCUGUUCAUGACAAAAAAGAUAACUCUAUACGAAGCUCUUUGCGGCUUCAAGUUUCUUCUCACUCAUUUGGACGGUCGACAGCUCUUGAUCCAGGGGAACCCAGGAGAAGUCGUAAAGCCGGACUCCGUCAUGUGCGUUAAGGGAGAGGGAAUGCCAAACCACAAGAACCCCUUUAUUCACGGAGAGUUGUAUAUUGUGUUUGACGUCGAGUUUCCCCAAAAAGUACCUGAAUCUCUGCAUGCGAAGUUCCGGGAGAUUCUUCCACAGCCAGAGGACACCCCUAUGGUCGACGAAGAUGAUCCGAAGAUCGAGCAUCACGUAUGCGAAGGUGUGACAGCUGAGGAGUUGCGCGCUCGGCAGCAGCAGCAGCGGACGCAGGGCUCUGGAGAAGCGUAUGAAGAAGACGAAGACGAGGGCCACGCAGCGGGUGCACAGAGGGUACAGUGCCGUCAGCAGUAG